UAAAAAAUUGAAAGGACAUGGAUAAGUUAAUGAAAAAAUGAUUCAUGAUAGAUGGAAAUCAAUUCAAUUGUAACAUUCCUAACUCGUGAAAUAUCGUACUACGAGAUCUACAUUAAGGGGAUUACUUCUUGUCUAUUAAGAGAAUACGAUUGCUACCGAAUCAGCUCUAUUCAAUUUGGAAACAGCCAUCAUCCCCUAGAAAGAAAAAAGGAAAGAAAAAAAGAAAGAGAAGAAGAAACAAAGAAAGAGAAAGGAAAUCACAACCCCUGAUCAACAACUGUUCGGAAAACAGUAUAAAAAAGUUACACCAUCCAGCAAAAUGUUGUCACAUUACGAGUAGGGGAAUCCGUUUUAAGAAACUAAUCGAAGUUCCCAAGGAACAAGGUAAAUCUUAACUAAUACGUUCAAGGAGAAGAAGAAGGAUCAAGCAACAAAUCUUUUUCUUGGGGGAAAAUAACAGUGAACUUCUAAACGUUUGACUCAGGGAAAAGUGUAUUCUCUCUUUCGUUUUGGUAAUUACGAAACUUCGAUAUUAUCAUCCGACGAGUUUUUCUUAUCUAAGAUUAAGCAAACGAGGAUCUUAUCUCUUUGCUUUUUUAAUUAAUUAAUUAAUUAACGUUAAUAAUCGUGUGUCAAGGAUACGUCGAAGGAGGAUCAUCUUUCACAAAGAGAACACACAAGGAAUUGAUAUCAAGACGACAACUAUAUCGAUUAUUUUAUUGACAAAAAUAUCAAACCGAAGACAUAUCUUUCGAUUGGAAUAAUCGAUAAACAUGGCUUACUAAUUAAACUUUCAUUUUGAAACGUCGAUAAAUAAAUUCAAUAUACAAAUUUGUGGUCAGAAAGUAAGAGAAUGAUAUUAUGAAAUACCGGAGAUGAUCAGAAUGGUGAAGUAAUAAUAUGGAUUCGUCUAAAAAAAUCGUUAAAAGAAAAAGCAGUCAAAGAAAGAGAAGAAAAGGAAGCUGAAGAAGAAAGUGAAUAUAAGGAGAAAAAAAAGAGAUAGAUUAAGAAGUAGAAAAUAAAUAGAAAAUACGGAGUAGAAAAGUAAAAGAAAAUCGAUGAUAAAAUGAUGGAAAAUACGACAACAACGGGUUAUUAUAGUACUCGUUCGACGUAUUUUCAAAACGAGAUUAACGGUUCUAACAUUCCUACUGAAUGUUAUCAAAAAAUAAAUUCAACCGGUUUGUUCGAUUUUAUUGUAUGCGGGGUAUUAAUUAAUUUCGUAGGUCUUUGUGGUAUAUUAGGAAACACCAUAUCGAUGGUGGUACUUUCCAGACCGCAAAUGAAAUCUUCUAUUAAUUAUCUUCUUAUUGGUUUAGCCAGUUGCGACACUCUUCUAAUAAUUAUCGCGAUACUCAUCUUUGGAUUACCAUCGAUUUACCUUUACACCGGCUAUCUUUUUAACUACCAAUUCGUCGUUUAUCCGAAGAUAGUCAAAUAUUUAUAUCCAAUAUCGUGUGCUGCGCAAAUAGCAACGGUUUAUUUAACGUUAACUGUAACAAUAGAAAGAUACAUCGCCGUUUGUCAUCCUCUUAAAGCGAGAUCAUUUUGUACAUGUGGACGUGCUCGUUUGGCUUUUCUAAGCAUCGUUAUUUUUGCAUUAAUCUACAAUUCUCCAAAAUUUUUUGAAAUAGAAAUUUACACCGAGAUGCAUUGGAAAUACAAUGUGGUGGUAUAUUGCGUACGCCCAGCAUCUUUGAGAAACAACGAUCUUUACGUGACCGUAUACGUCCACUGGAUGUACUUUUUCGUGUGUUAUUCCAUUCCUCUAAUCGCUUUAAUUAUUUUCAACGUGGCUAUUUAUCGAAGGGUCAGAAAAGCGAACAGGGAUUUACAACAACUGACGCAUCAUCAAAGACGAGAAAUUGGAUUGGCAACUAUGUUACUUUGUGUUGUAAUAGUAUUCGUUAUAUGUAACAUUUUACCACUUACUUCAAAUAUUAUGGAGACUUUUAUCGGCGAUCCACCUAGGUGGUUAGUUCAAAUAGGUAAUUUAUUGGUUACCAUAAAUAGUAGUAUCAAUUUUAUAAUAUACGUGAUUUUCGGUAGAAAAUUCAAACGGAUAUUUAUGAAACUAUUUUGUGGUUCGGGAAUUUUCAUUCGUGACAGAGACAGUCCAGAACAUCAAACCCGUGACGAAUCGAGCGUGACGAAUAUGACGAACAUAGAGUUAAGAAAUUCUAUUAGGCAUAAUCAUUUAAAUAGAACAAAUACCAUUAAUAGAAACAAUUACGUUCACUAUACAAAUGGGGGAAGUAAACAAAGUAUUAGAUUAUCGAAUAAACCAACCAGUCCAAGUACACUAGUUUAUUAUCCUCCUUGCAAUUCUAUGAGAAAUUUAAACAAAUUUGCUAAUAUUUCAUCUUCAGAUCAAAAUGGAUGGAAUAAAAAUAAUAAUAACGAUUCUUCUAUAUAAUCCCAUUUUUGAAUGAUCAUAAAAUUCCUAUUAGAUCGUGUUAUAUGUGAAUCCUAAGAUAUUAUUAAGUUCAUUCUUACAUCUCCUCCUUCGCGUAUGAUAGAAAUAUACUAAAUAAAAAAAAGGCAAUCAAUAAAAAAAA